ACCGCGACUCUUUAAAUUUUAGAGCUUUAUCUCCUGCUUGCAGCUUCUGCGACGCGUCUCUAUAGAUACUUACUUGAUCGCCUUUUCCAUACAUCUGGAUGUGUUCUACGCGUGCGAUUUAGACCUAUGUCGCUAGUGUUGCAGUCAAGUUGGUGGAUGCGAUCGUCUCCCCAUGCUGAGCAUCACAUCGCACACCGGUGACGACGUCAUGGUAGGGAGAGUACAUAUAAGAAUGCGGGUCUACUGGUUCUCCUGGUCAACUUUCUCCUCUCUGCAUACUGGCCACCCUUCUUCACGAUGUCACCGGCACACGUCCUCGACAGAUAUUAUCUCUCCAUCACGCUUCUUGUCACGAUAGCGUACCAGCUCUUGGGUUUCGCAAUUGCUUGGACAUUCCAAUUUGACAAGAUUACAGACUUCACUGGCGGAUCAAAUUUCUUUAUCAUAGCACUUUUGACCCUGCUAAUGGGCAACACGUUUUAUGCGCGUAACAUUGUCGCAAGCGUGUUGGUCAUGAUAUGGGCAACUCGGCUCGCAGGAUUCUUACUCUUUCGCGUAUUGAAGACAGGGAGUGAUACUCGCUUCGACGAGUUUCGCUCGCAUUUCUUCAAGUUCCUAGCGUUCUGGAUUGGUCAAAUCCUUUGGGUUUGGACGGUCUCCCUUCCUCUCACCAUCCUCAACUCUCCUGCCGUAUCUGAUCCGUCUCUAGGCGGAUCGAACUCCUCGUUCGGGACAGGUUGUGAUAUCGCUGGAGUAAUUCUUUGGGGUAUUGGUUGGUUCAUUGAGACUACAGCUGAUGCUCAAAAGUUUCGAUACAAGGCAUCGAAUCCGCCUAAGGAUCGACCUAUGAAUACCGGUGUAUGGAGAUGGUCUCGACAUCCACCGUAUUUCGGCGAAAUUCUCUGCUGGUGGGGCAUCUGGAUCCUCUGCCUCUCGCCUACGGCAAACGGUGACCUAUCCAGUGGCGCUCGAAAGGCUCAGUAUGCAUCAGUGUUAUCCCCGAUCUUUACAACCUUGUUACUUAUGUUCGCCUCGGGUAUUCCUACGGCCGAGAAACCCACUGGCCGGAAGUACUAUCUCAUGUCCCAUUCGUCGUCCUCUCCAUUCACCUCUCCUCCUUCCUCCGCCUCCGCUUUGCCUGCGAAUCCACCCUAUCCGGAUGCAUGGAAGAAAUACCAGUCAUACCUUCACUCGACGUCUAUCCUUAUUCCCAUCCAUCCUAAGCUGUAUCGUCCGUUGCCGAGGUGGAUCAAGAGGACUGUGCUGCUUGAUUUUCCGAUCUAUGGAUUUGAUGAGCACGAUGGCCAGAAGGCUUUGGAAGAGGAAGGAAAGAAGAAAGCAAAUGGAGGAGAUAGGUCGGAUUAAAUGGACUUCUUGAAGGUACGGAUGAGUGACAUUUCGCUGAUCUGUUGGAAAUGGUUGUAGUAGGACCUUAGCAUCCGGUACCGAGAUGCGUUCAUCGUUUUCGCCAAAUGGCAAGACGAACUUUGCAGGUGAUAUGCAUACAACCUAACGAAACGU